AGGAAACGGGGCUCCCUGGACCAGACAUGACCAGACACCCAUCUACCGACUCUACUCCGAGCGACAGCAGCCUCUCCCCCAGCGACACCGGUUCCAGCCCCUCUCCCAGUACUCCACAGAAGCUUCUCCCAGCAUGCACUUCUCCGUUUGGACCGCGACUCUUCCGCAUGAAACCCGGCUCGUCUGGUACUCCACGGCCGCAGCCGGAAGGCUCCGAUCGUCGCAGCAACUCAACGAGACUGUCGGGGAAGUUGGGAGGUCAUGGUCCGUGCGGUCGCCUCAUUCCCGUGAAGAUGGAGAGAAUAAAGGUUCUGACCGGUUCUGAGGUAGAGAGCGACUAUCAGGAGCCACAGACCAUGGACACUCGAGUGGUGAUGGGAGAGGAGACGCUGCUCAAAACGACAGAGCUCCAGAAGGGGAGUCGUCUCGCUCAGCCCAGUGCCGCGGCCAUCCCGUUGCCUUGUUCUGGCGUUCUGGCACAAACAGAACAGACGCCGCUGGAGGCCGCCGAGGAGGACAUCCAGUCACAAUUCCCUCAGAAAACAGAGAGUCAGGAACAUGCUCGUCCUUUUGCUCCUUCUUCUCCAGAAGCAGUCACACCAGACGACACGUUAACACACAACAACGAAGACAAGCAGACUCGAGAAGUGCCGACGCUCUCCUUCUCAGAGCUUCCAUCUCCCGCGGCUUGGUCCUUCUCUGAGCCGGCCUACACCGUUGACCCCCUACGGGUCGGUGUUCCCUCGCCUCUCGACCCAGACCUUUACCUUACUGCCCCUUCCACCCCGACCAAAGAGACAACCCGCUCCUCUCAUCUUAAACACCAUUCCUAUCCUGGCUCUCCAGCCUCUCCUGGCUCGCCCUCUGACAGCGAGGACCUCUGCUCUCCUCUCACUUCUCCUUCUGGUUCUUACAUCACAGCAGAAGGAGGAAGCUGGACAUCUUCCUACACAUCCUCCACCUCUCCCUCCACUUCUCCCAACCUGCUCCUCACAGAAGAAGCACAAGAGGCCCCAGCUUGCUUUGUGGGGUCCUUAUCAGAGAUCGGAGAUGAGGUUGGGGAAGAAAAGGGACGAGUAAGAUCAGAGCGGGAGGGGGACAGGGCCGGGGACUUCUGCUUGUACCGAAUGGAGGAGUUUGUCUCGAGUUCUCCGAGUCCAGAAGAGGACGACGCUCUGAAGAGGGAGCAGACUGUUUCCAGAGUAACGAGUCGUCCUUAUUGGGCGACGGAGAAUACGUCUCCAGGACAGAGCAGCAGCAGCAGUGACUCCCAGGAGGAUGGGAGGGGGUGGGAAAGUUCCCUCUGCCCACUGGAAGAGGCCUGUGUUGGGAAAGAUGAGUUCUCCGGACCCGUGCAGACGGGCCUGAGGCUGCAGCUGGCUGCCUGUGUAGCAGACCAGCAUUAUGGGCAGACGGAUGCCCACCCAGACGCCGCCCCCCCCUCUGCCUUGACUCCUGACUCAGAACACACGCCCAUGGCCUCGUCGAGCCUGAGCCCUGACUCGCCGCUCCUCGCCCUGGAUGCCUUCUGUCCCGGAGCCUUUGACAGGCUUGGCCCGAGCUCUUUUAUAUUCUCCCGGGCGGCUUGUGCUGAUGACGUCCCGGACGAGGAAAGGAUGAUCCCUGCCUCCCUCAUCUCCUUCCCCCUUCACACCAACUUAAUCUUUAGGGCCGAUUCCAUGGAGAUCACCCUCUUCCCCACGGAGGAAGAAGCUGAAACAGAAGUCAAUGACCACAGUGGAGGGGGGGAUGCUGAUGCAUACGCAGCUGGGGAGGAGGAAGCAGAUGUGGAGGAUGAUGAUGACGACGAAGAGGAUGAUGACUGUUAUGAGUAUGGGGAUGGCAAUGCUGAGGCUGCUCCUAAUAGGGACGAAGGUGAGGAAAAACAAGAGAAGAGCGAUGAGGCUGGAGACGAUGCUAAAGUAGAGCUGAAAGUGGUGGAGGAGGAAGAGCAGGAAGAUGAUGAUGAAGACGACAGUGACAGCAAAAGUGAGGAAGAUCCUACAGAUGAGGACAGCUCAGCAUCCUUUCUUCAUUCGCUCUCAGAAACAUCCAUGAACGAGGGCCUGGACGACUCCUUCUGUUUUCAAGAUGACUCGGAUGACUCGUUAGAUUCUGCCUCCUAUAACGGCGAGGAAGACGAGCGUCUGUACAGCACAGAGAGGCACGCACAAUCUCUGGAACCCCUAUCAUCUGAUGGACUCGAUCCGAGCGACACCCAAUCAGGAGCUGAACAAAGUCCGUGCCAACCCGAGCCUUCGCACACACAGCCGGGCACGGGCGAGCAAGCAGAUCCCAGCCCAGCUCUCUCUCGCUCUGAGACUUCUGUGGGUCGACCUGAAGGCAACAGAAGAGAGCCAGAACCUCCCGGAUCCCACCCAGACCAGGGCGUUGAAGCAACCAGUGAACCUGUGGAGCACCAGGAACCACCUCAAGCUUUAGAUGGAAACGCCCGUCAACUAGAGUCCCACAAACCCCAGGAUGAGAGAGGGGAGAGCAGCGGCAGGACGGGCGAUGCUCGUUCCUCAAACCCCUCGGAGGAGCCUCCUUAUCUGCUGAUCCACGCAGCACCCAUUCCUGCCCCUGGGUCCGGAGACGUAGCGCACACGGACACGUCUGUGCAGGGAACACCAGACUCGAACUGUUCAGUCAGUCUAACAGAGUUACCAGAAGAAGAGCACACACAGGUGAGACCUGCACCAGAACCUGAGCGAGACUCUUUCAAACUGCUCAUCAAGCCUCGCCACGGCCCCGCGGAGAGCCGCAGGACAGUCGGGGCGACUCGAGUUGCACUGUCUAAGUCUUUCUCCGUUAGGUUAGAUGUGCCUGCAGGGGGGCCUUCCCAGUGUGGGCGUGGCAUGAGCAGCGACUCUGAUGUGGAGCUUGACCCGAGCAAGGCUUCAGCUGAGUCUGUCGGUGCAGAACACAGAACCAGUGAUUCUGGUCCCCCCGCUGAAACCGUCACUCCAACCAACGAUUUAAACAAAGGGGUUCUUCUUCUGUCCUGCCCUAAAGAGCAAAGCCCCAACCCCAGCAACAUCCCCAUGUCCGCUUCCCCAGAAGUCUCGUCUGAACUCGCCAACAACUUAGCCCUCACCCCUGAACACUGUCCUGGUGACCCCGCCCAGGAGAACCUCAGGGAGGUCCUAGGAGCUGUUGGAUCCACUCACUCUCCCCUUGCCAUCUCACCCAAAAGAGAAAACUCGGAGACGAUCCCGAGCAGAGAGACGGGUCCGGAAGCUGGGGCCUGGUGUGACGCCAGACUGGGGCUGGGCUUUGGUUUGGGGUUUGGGUCGGUGAGUGAGUUUGGUGUCUGGGGAGCCGGAGAAUCGCUGUCUUUGUCUCUAGGCAACAGAUACGAGUUUGAGGCAGAGAGUUUGCUCAUGUGUGAUGUAGCGGGUCAAAGGUCAGAGGAGGCUCUGGCCCCCAAUCUGAGCAGCGACAUUUGUGAGAAUUACAACAAUGUUCUGGGUUCUAUCCUCGACGAGGAAGACAACAACAGUCUGAGUGGAAAGGCAGAGGAGAAAGAGUUGGUGGAAGAGGAUGUUUCUGAGUCCAACAUGGCCUACUGGCCCAAAUCCACCAGGGAGGUCAGAGAGGGAGGAUCAGAGGACGGCAGCAUCUCCAGGAUCCCUGAAGACAACGUUAGUAAUCUGAAUCCAGCCGAUGAUGAUGAUGAUGAUGGGAAAGACCCUGCUUCUGUGUUCGGGAGUCUCAACGCUCUGUCAGACGAAAUGAGACACCAGAGUGGGAAUUUUAGUGUCAGAGAAUCCGUGUCUAACAUCCCACUGGAAGAGAUGCCGCCCCCAGGUUCAAACAGGACCGUCGACGAGGAACCAGAACCUUCACGAGGCCACACGAACCACACAACAGACACAAAACACACAGAGGCUUUGAACAAUCACGGCCGUGGCAACGUAGAUGCUGCUGCGAGCGCUCCAAACGACGCUGAGCCAAAAAGCCGUUCGCCUCCAGAGUACCGGGCAGUCUCUCCAGAGAGGGACGCGUUUUCUCUGCCGCCGGGGUCGUUCGGAUCCUUCACUCCUGCUGCUGUUAGACCGAGGAGCACGUGUGAAACCGAGGGGGACGCUGCAGGAAGGGCGCAGCUUCAGACAGAAAGCCAAAGAGAACGGGACGUCAGUGUAAAAACAGACCGACCUGCUGGUGAACCAAAGACUGAAGAUGCCUUCACUGACCAGCGUUGUGUCUGUAACUCAGGGCAGGAGGAAAACGACUCGAGGACUGGGAAAGAAAAGACCCCCUUUGCUGCACCUGAUGACUCGGAGCACUUUCAGGUCGGACCUGCUUCACAAGCUGCUGCAGCAAAAGGGAGAAGACGAAAGCCAAACAAACACAGGGCGUCUCAGGCAGGAAGCCGCUCAGACUUGAGUCCUGAGUCUGUGGAUGACCUGAAGAACGCCCCGGGUCGCCUCAAAACAACGAAGGACCGUUGUUCAGAGGGGACUGCAGGUAGUUCUGAAACUAGGACAGGAAACGAUGCCAACAACAACUUUUCACUGCCAGCGUUCCAACGGAGAAUACCCGGACCAGGUCAGGACGAGGGGCGCGACGCUCCCGAGUCUGACGUCAAAAAUCCAACUCAAGGACGGUGUGAUCCCACCAGGAGCGCUCAGCACAACCUCAACACCGCAGCGGCAACGAGUCCAGGUCCACAUCAGAUUCAGGAGGUGCUUGAUAACAGACCCGCUACUCAGAGGGACAUUAAUGACAACAUCGACCUCAACACACCCGCCCCGAUCCCCACGUCACACGCCAUGACUCCUUCUCCUCCCACCGCCUCUACUACUUCAUCCUCACCGUUCGUCUCAACGGAGCCGAUGGACGGUCUGUCCACGCCCGUCCAGGAAUCCCAGCCCGCCCUUCCAGCACAGCAGCAGUCUACUUUGUCCCUGUGUCGCACCCCCCCUGCCCUUUUCUCCACUCCCCCCACAACACAGCAAUCUCCUGGUUCAGGAUUUUUCCACAACCUCCAAGAGGUCACCGACAGCUGUUCUCGCUCAAGUGUCACCUCCUCUUCAUCGCCCACUGCCGUGCCGCUGAUCCUGUCCCAAGCAACCCAAGAGACAGGCACUCUGGUGUGUGUCCCAGACUCGUGUUCCCAUCCCUAUUCUCAGUCUUAUUCACCGUCUCGGACUGUCGUUCAGUCUCACAGACAAGUCAGGCAAGGACACGCCGGGGUGGGUCAAGACCAGCAUAAAGGUGCUGGCAGGGCCGAGGCAGACUCGGGCAGAAGGGAGGAUGGUGGACGGCAUCAGCAGGGUCAGAGAUCUCAGUCCACGGCUGCUGCAGGAGGAGGAACUGGAUCCGUGCAGUCUGGUCCAGCCAAUCAGCAGCAAGUCCUGCCCUUCUCCUCCCGACAACUAGCUGAGCGACAGCUGGGCUGUCCAGUGAAGCACGGCGCUUCUGAGGAGGCGGGCCUCUCUGUGACAAACAGCUGUUCCCUGUUGGCUUCCUGUAACGAGUCCGAGAGUGAAGGGUCAGUACCUGACGUGGAAGAGCUGGAGCCGCUGAGACCUUCAGAACCACAGUCCAUCUCUUCUGCUGACGAAGGGCUGAACAAACCAAAGCAGAGCCGCAGUGAGAAGAAAGCACGCAAGGCCAUGUCUAAACUGGGACUGAAGCCGGUCCACGGUGUGACCAGAAUCACCAUCAGGAAGUCCAAAAGCAUCUUGUUCGUCAUCAGCAGACCGGAUGUGUUCAAAAGCCCCGUAUCCGACAUUUAUAUCGUCUUUGGAGAGGCCAAGAUUGAGGACUUAUCUCAGCAGGCUCACAAAGAAGCUGCAGAGAAAUUUAAGGUGCCUGUGUCCUCCUCCCCACUGGCCCCACCUGUCCCGCCCAGUCUCACCAUUAAAGAGGAGAGUGAAGAGGAGGAGGAGGAAGAGGAGGACAAUGGAGGUCUUGAGCAGAGAGACAUCGAGCUGGUGAUGGCUCAGGCCAACGUGUCACGAGCCAAGGCCGUCCGAGCGCUGAAACACAACAAGAAUGACAUUGUGAAUGCCAUCAUGGAGCUGACCAUGUGAGUGCGGACGUCCGAUCCCCGACUCCCUCGUUCCAGCCUUUCUGAAGCCUAAAGGCUGCGUACGCCUGUGUCGCUGCUGCUGUAUGUUGCAUCCCACAUAUCUGCUAAAUAAAGUCUGUUUCAGCGUGACUGAACCUGGA